AUGUAUAACUCUUGGUAUGAAAUAGUGCGAUCCAUUUCGCCAUAUAAUUGGGCAAUGCUUGGUAUAGCAUUUUCAUUAUUCCUUUCUAUUAUUGGAGCAGCAUGGGGAAUAUUUAUUUGUGGCACAAGUAUUAUGGGAGCUUCAGUUAAAUCCCCACGUAUCAUAUCGAAGAAUUUGAUUUCCAUUAUUUUCUGUGAAGCAUUAGGUAUGUAUGGGGUUAUUACAGCUGUCUUUUUACAGAUAAAAUUUGUUGGAAUAAAUAAAGAAGUUCAUCCCCCUUUAGUUUUAAUGAAUGAAAAGGAUCAAUUAAUUAUGAAUACUAUAGGAGGAGGAUGGGCAUUAUUAGCUAGUGGCCUUACGGCAGGAUUAUCUAAUCUCGUUUCAGGUAUUUCUGUAGGUAUUACUGGUAGUACAUGUGCUUUGGCAGAUGCACAAAAUUCUGACCUUUUUGUUAGAAUGUUAAUGGUUGAAAUAUGUGCUAGUGUUAUAGGAUUGUAUGGAUUAAUUGUAGCCAUUGUGUCUAUUGGUGAUGUUCAAUUCACAUAA